AUGUAUCAUCGUACUAUACCAACACGUAUACUAACAUCAAUUGGUAUCGGCUUAUUGAUAUUUAGUUUAGUCUUCGGUUGGGUCUCCUUUUCCGUACCAGAUUGGCUACAAUUCUAUGAACGCGAUGGGCUGAAGGGUGACGUCUCUUUUGAUAAUUCUACGAAAGUCUUCAAGAAAUUUGGUCUAUGGUAUAAGUGUAUAUUCUCGGCCAGCGAAAAUGACUUUAUUUGUACACUAUGGAACCGAGAUUCGCCUAGUUUUGUUCGAGUUGCUCAAGUCCUUAUCCCAUUUGGUUUAGCUCUGGGUUGUCUGUCACUUUUAUCCGCUUGUAUUGGUUUCAUGUGUCGGCGUAUCUUUGUCACUUCGGUAUUAUUUGCAGCAUUAUUCGCGUUUUUAAGUUUCAUAUUCACCGCCAUUGGUGUUACCGUGUUUGCCAAUGAAUCUGUUGUCUAUGUGGAACGCUUAAAAUUACCUGAUAAUGAUAAUCCUCGUCGAUGGGGAAUGUGGUUAUUAGUGCCAAAUCUUGUCUUAUCUUUCAUAACGUCGAUCUGUUUCAUAAUUGCAUCCAUACUCUAUUGGUGUGACUAUCGUAGUAUGCAGGUGACUGGCAUUUUCAGUCAUAGUGGUGACAAAUACAACGGAAGUGUAUGUAAAGUGCCGUCAGACGGCAAUACGACAUCAGGGAUGAAACAACAAUUUCAAUAUCAAGAUUAUCCCAACACUUGCUAUCAAAUUAACGGUUUAAACCAUCCACAACAGAAUCCUAUGGGCUAUCCUCCACCACCCACUUAUCCUGGUGUUGUAAAUCCAGGAUAUCAACCAGCGCCUCCAAGUUUAUUUGGCUACUCUCGACCUGGCAGCCCAAAUGUGUAUCCCAAUGGAAAUUUUGAUCCUUAUCAUUCUCGUCAUUUAAUGACUGAAAAUUCCGAAUUUGACGAGUGUCCUCAUGUCAGUCGAUCGCGCCAUCGUUCUCAUUCACGUUCUCGACAUCAUUCACGAAAUCGAUCGCGAUCAUACAGUCCUCAAGAAAGUACAGUUCCUGUGGAUAGUACGCCAAAAACAACUCAAUUCGUUCCAAUACCAGUCCCCUACUAUCAUCCUCAAUCGCAAGUACCUCCUCAAGCCAAUCCAUCAACACAAACAUCAGCUAUGACAUCAAGCAACACUUCGCAGCCGAUGUCCUAUGUACUACCUCAAAACAAUCAACAAUUCGUCGAAGGCAAUUCUCAAACCAUCAUGAAACCACAAAAUAUGAUCAAAUAUAAUGUUGCACAACCAUCAAUGUUAGUACAAAAUCCGACUCAACCUGUUUACACCAUUGCCUAUCGAGCAAAUAAUAAUGCCAAUAAUAUUAUUGGAUCAAAUCUCAUCACUGGAUCAGCUGCAACGACCUAUGUGACAGCCGCACGAAAUUCUGCAGGUGAUAUCGAAAUCAGUUCAUUUAAUAGUGAUUCUGAUAGCGAGCAGAAGACCUAUCCGGCCACGUCGAAACGAAAAAGUCUCAAAAAGAUAAGCAUCAAUGAAACGUGGGCUUGGCGAAAAAUGCGAUAA